AUGAUUUAUAUCGUUCCCACAGCGAUUGACGAGGCUCAUCGGCUUGAUAAAGAGCGCCUCUAUGGCCGCGUUCGUGUUCCCAUGCAUGGGAUACCCAUUCUCCUCAAAGUGAGCGGCACCGUUACUCUCACCCCUUGUGUGCCGAAACGCCUGCAUCUACUCACGAAGAACAAUAUCGCCACGCACCCAAACCUUGGCAUGUAUACAUUUGCUGGAAGUUAUGCUCUUGUUAGCUCCAGACCUCGUGAGAAUGUCGGCAUUGCCAAGAGGGAUUCAUACAACUACGCGGGUUCCAAUACCAUUCUCUGUGUAGGAAAUAAACGGGAAUGGGUGCAGACUCCAGCCGAGCCAAAGCAGUAG